AUGGAGAAAAGUGAAACAGUGAAUGCUUUCGAAAGUGUUACGGAUGAUAACGGAAUUCUUAAAAAGGUAAUUCAAAAGGGUUGGAUCCCUGUUAAACCAAGUGAAAAUAAUCAAUUCACUGUGGAAAUCCUUCGUACAUAUGAAGAUGGGCCGAAGAAAGGGGAGGUUGUAGAGUCUGACACUGAAAAAGAUCCAAUACGGACAAUACAUUUUCGUGGCAUUGAGCGCAACUAUUUAAAAUACGCAUUAGUAUCUAUGGAACUCGGCGAAAUCAGUGAAUUUAUUUUGCAACCUAAAUAUUCUGGCGGCAGUGAGGCUCACCGUUGUCGCAUAAAAUUGAUUGAUUUUGGCGCCUUUUAUGAAUAUUCACAUCAAGUGCAAAGGGUUUUUUCUAUCGCACAUGAUUGUGGCUCUUUAUAUCCAGGUCAAAAGGUAGACAUACACGCUAAAGGAUAUUGUAAUGGUCAGCUUUACCAUGAACAUAGAGCAAGUGUGUUUGCUGCAGAUGCAGACUAUACUGAGUUGCCUCGGACGGUUGUCGCUCAAUUGCGUAGAUUGGGUCCCAAAGGAGGAUGGUUGAAAUUGGUAAAUAUAAACGAAAUUUCAGAUAAAGAACGUGAAAAAUUCGGAUUUCCUUCUAAUGGAGCGGUUUGGUACCAUGUAGAAGUUGAGUCUUCCAUAAGUGGUGGUACCGUGUCUGUUGAAAUGGCAGAUGACUUCUUAAGAGCUGGAAAGUGUCGAUUAGCAGAGGAGAUUUACGAUCAUUGUACUUCUUCCUAUACCGAUAGGUGUCCUAAAGAGGCUAUUCCACGGGCGCAUCUAAAUGCUGCUCUCGCUUCCCUCCAAAUUGGUAGUCCUGAUAAAUGCCUCCGUCACUGUCAACGUUAUAGUCAAAAUGGCGCUGAAGACGAUAAAUACUAUUUCAGAUUAGGACAGGCAUUCUUCAUGAAACACGAUUUUCGAAGAGCCGAAGAACAUUUUAGAGCAGCCUCUAUUCGUAGCAGUGAGAGUAAUAGGGAGGAAAUUUUACAGGCGGCUAAUCUGUCCGGACGCAGAUAUAAAUCGAAGUAUGACAAUAUACUCAGAACAAUGAUGGAGCAUGCACCGGUACUUCUUGCUCAACAAAUAUGA